GAAGACAUCAUUACAAAGAUGCAAGAUGACAAGACAGGUGGUGUGCCUAUCAGAACAGUCAAGAGCUUUCUCUCCAAAAUCCCCAGUGUUGUCACAGGUACUGACAUUGUGCAGUGGCUUAUGAAGAACCUCUCCAUUGAGGACCCAGUUGAAGCAAUACACUUGGGAAGCCUCGUAGCUGCCCAGGGCUACAUCUUUCCAAUCUCGGACCAUGUUCUCACCAUGAAGGAUGAUGGCACCUUUUAUCGUUUCCAGGCCCCAUACUUCUGGCCUUCGAACUGCUGGGAGCCUGAAAACACUGACUAUGCCAUCUACCUCUGUAAGAGGACAAUGCAGAAUAAAGCAAGGCUGGAGCUGGCAGAUUAUGAAGCAGAAAACUUAGCAAGACUCCAGAGGGCCUUUGCAAGGAAGUGGGAAUUCAUCUUUAUGCAAGCAGAAGCACAAGUAAAGAUUGAUCGGAAAAAGGACAAGACAGAGAGGAAAAUUUUGGAUAGUCAAGAACGAGCCUUUUGGGAUGUCCACAGGCCAGUGCCAGGCUGUGUGAACACAACAGAAAUGGAUAUCAGAAAAUGUCGACGUUUGAAGAACCCACAAAAGGUUAAAAAGUCAGUAUAUGGCGUGACUGAAGAAUCCCAGUCGCAAAGCCCAGUGCACGUCCCCAGUCAGCCAAUCAGGAAAACUACAAAAGAGGACAUCCGGAAACAGAUAACAUUUUUGAAUGCACAGAUUGACAGGCAUCGUUUAAAAAUGUCCAAAGUGGCUGAAAGCUUAAUUGCUUACACAGAACAGUAUGUGGAAUAUGACCCUUUGGUCACGCCAGCUGAGCCGUCCAAUCCCUGGAUCAGCGACGAUGUUGCUUUAUGGGACAUAGAGAUGAGCAAAGAGCCCAGCCAGCACCGAGUAAAGAGAUGGGGCUUCUCUUUCGACGAGAUAUUGAAGGACCAGGUGGGGCGGGACCAGUUUCUACGAUUUCUGGAGUCGGAAUUCAGUUCCGAAAACCUCAGGUUCUGGUUGGCUGUCCAAGAUCUCAAGAAACAACCCCUACAAGAUGUGGCCAAGAGGGUGGAAGAAAUCUGGCAAGAGUUUCUGGCCCCUGGAGCCCCAAGUGCAAUCAAUCUGGAUUCUCACAGCUACGAGAUAACCAGUCAAAACGUCAAAGAUGGAGGGAGAUACACAUUCGAAGAUGCCCAGGAGCACAUCUACAAGCUGAUGAAGAGUGACAGCUAUGCCCGCUUCCUCCGGUCAAAUGCUUACCAGGACUUGCUGCUCGCCAAGAAGAAGGGAAAGUCGCUGGCGGGCAAGCGCCUCACCGGCCUGAUGCAGUCCUCCUGACGGUGCCCCCCGCAGGGCCCGGGCCCGAGGACCACGCGGGCAGCCGGCUGCGCUCCACAUCUGCAGACAGAGCUUCCCUGCGGGGAGAUUUGGUCACUGUGAAAGAGAAAGAGUGAGGGCCGUGAUGGGCAACGGUGGGGAGACGCGGUGGGUGAUCCAGAGGGAGGCCAGAAGGAGAGUCCACGGAGCCUGGGGUCGGCCAGGUUGAGGCCCCUGUUUACAACCCUCUCUUCCUUGUAUAGUCGUGUGCCGACACCCCACUCUCUAGGGGGUCACGGCCCCUAACACGUUCAGGGCAGAGCACCCGGUGGGACUCCCGUUGUGACUGUCAGCUGAGGUUAGAUUCUGGCUGUCAUCACUCCUCCCGCCGUCUGGGGGAUCACGCCUUCCAGCAA